AUGGAGUUUUGUCAACCAAACAAACACACCACAGCCACAACCACAGUCACAACAGCUUCAAGCGACCCGCUUAACUGGAACGUAGCGGCUGAGGCUUUGAAAGGGAGCCACCUAGAGGAGGUGAGGAAGAUGGUGAAUGAUUUUAGGAAAGGAAAGGUGCAGCUCGGUGGAGAGACGCUGACUAUCGGCCAGGUUAUGGGAGUGGCGAGAGGAGGAACGACGGUGGAGCUUUCAGAGGAGGCUAGGGCCGGUGUGAACGCGAGUAGUGAGUGGGUGAUGGAGAGCAUGAACCGGGGCACGGACACAUACGGGAUCACCACUGGGUUUGGUUCCUCUUCUGCUAGGAGGACUAAUCAAGGUGCUGCUCUUCAAAAAGAGCUUAUUCGGUACUUGAACGCCGGAAUAUUCGCUACCGACGCCGGAGAUGACCACACGUCAAACACGCUUCCCCGCCCGGCAACAAGAGCUGCGAUGCUCAUCCGUGUUAACACUCUCCUCCAAGGCUACUCAGGCAUACGCUUCGAAAUCCUCGAAGCCAUAACAAAAUUCCUCAACCGCAACAUCACACCUCGCCUUCCUCUCCGCGGCACCAUCACCGCCUCAGGUGACCUCGUUCCGCUAUCCUACAUCGCCGGAUUCAUAACCGGCCGCCCUAACUCCAGAUCAGUGGGACCCUCCGGCGAGAUCCUCACUGCCUUACAGGCCUUCAAGCUCGUGGAAAUAUCUUCUUUUUUCGAGCUCCGGCCCAAGGAAGGGCUUGCGCUCGUGAACGGGACUGCUGUUGGAUCCGCUUUGGCCUCGACGGUACUGUACGACGCUAAUAUUUUAGCGGUUUUCUCAGAGGUUGCUUCUGCCAUGUUCGCUGAGGUUAUGCAGGGGAAACCGGAGUUUACCGAUCACCUGCCGCGAUCAUGGAGCAUAUCUUAG